AUGAAGCAUUGGUCAACAGCUUUAGUCAUUGUGAUCGUUAUUGGGGCUUCUAUACUGAAAGGAAUCAACGCGCGUAAGCAAAAAGAAGAGCAACGCGGAAUUCAGAAAAAUGAUGUUCUACAGAGGCAACAAAGAUCGAGAAGGGGCCUUGAUGAACAUAGCGAAACGCUGUCAAACUUGGAAAGAGCUUCCACGGUACCGUUCAAAUUGUUUUCUGUAAGUUUAAACGAUUCAACCGAAGAUCUUGUCGACUUCAACGAAGAAAUACUCUGGAAAAAUGGUUCUCACUUUUCAACAAGAAUCCCGCUUCCAGAUAUUGAUCUUCAGAGCGAAAUCAACGAAUCCCAAUUACAGCACGUGGUAGAAAGAGUCACAGUAUAUGAUUCUAAAAACUCCUACCCUAAACAGAGCUCAAGCUUAAACUCAGUCUCAUCUUCUAAACACCACCAGUUCUGGAAGCAUCGCACUAAACGGCUUAUUUUCAAGCCGGAUAAUCGUAUAAGGUUGAACGCUUCAACGCAAGCGCAGAAGUUUCCGUUUUCGUCUUCGGUUAAGAUCUCAUCGGGCUGUUCAGGCUCGCUCAUAUCUUCCACACACGUGUUAACUUCAGCACAUUGCCUUCACAACGGAAAGCAGUUGCUCAAGCCUAUCUCCAAUUUGAAAGUUGGUUUUCUGCGACGUAAUGGCCACCUGCGAUGGAUUGGGGUCAGAAACGUCAAGUUCCCUGAAAGGUGGCAACUAAAACCCAACUCACCAAGCUUCGAUUAUGCAGUAAUUACCUUGCGGAGAGCUCACAGACGACCCUUUUUCAAGCUGGGAGUGAUCGAAACCUCCAGGCAACUGAAGCCAUCGAUACAUUUUGCCAGUUUUCCGGGCGACAAAAAGCGUAAUUCACUGUGGUACAGCCACUGCAAAUCUCAAGUGGUUUCCAGUUUGCUCCUUUGCAGAUGCGACGCAACCACUGGUAGUUCCGGCGCCGGAACUUACGUCACAACUACCCUUAAAGGAAGACAUCGAGUGCUGGUCGGAAUUCUUUCGAGUUCCGGUCGAGUCACACUGCCCGACGGCCGAAAAAAGCUGUUUAAUCUGAUCACCAGGUUAACACAUUUCAAGGCCUGGCAGAUUUGUCGGUGGAUUGGUUCGCGUACUAAUUGCACUGGAACAUCGAGAAAUGUCGCUCGACUUCGAUCACCAUGA